AUGCACAACCAAAUGACAAGUCAUCUUCAUUGGCAGUCAAGACCAACUACUUCAACUCAAUCGAGAUUGCUCUCUUUACCCAAAGAGAUCUUGCUCGAGAUUGUAUCCUCAGUUGCCAUCGAUUCCAACUCACUCUUCCCCAUUGCACUACUCGAAUUAUCCCAAUGCUGUAAAUACUUAUAUCACCUUGUACAUAAAGAUCCUUGGAGACAACAAACACUAUGGCCCCGUGCAUUCCAUCAUCGAUUCGACACUGGUGCCAUCUAUCGAAGACGACUGAAUCAGCAAAUGAACUGGCAACAUGUCUUGGAAAGACGCUGCAGAGCACUCAAUCAAUGCAAGAAAUUUGCCAUCAAUUCCAAUAGAAUUGAACUGCUCGACGCAAUUGAUUGGGAAGUCAUUUGGGAUGUCAUUACCGAACAUGAUCAGUAUAACAUUCCUCACUUGAUGAACUUCCAUGUUCACUAUGCUGCUGGUAUUGCCUUUCAACUAGGCUCUUAUCGUGAUCGAGAAAUCUAUCCUGUGGUAUUGCCCAUCUUGUCGAUACUCGUGAAUUAUGAUUUCUCAAUAACUCGAUUCUUCACUUCGGAAAAUUCGGCCAUCGUCUCAAACGAACUCUCCCAAUUCGCAUACAAUUUCGAAGCAGAUGCUCUUAUAACACAACAUACGCCAUUACGAUAUUUCCAUUCUUGGUCCUCCCCGAUGGAUCACCAACAACAUCAACAAACCAUAUCCAAUACAUCAUUUUAUCCUGCCCAAGAUCCACUCGCUUCUGCCUUCCAUUUAUUCUUCACCACCAUCUUUGCCAAUCAUCCCAACAUCUAUCAAGCCAUUCCUGGCUGCAUCCCUAUUCCACUCUAUACGCUGACAUCUGAACUAUUCGACAUCGAGUUCCUGAGACGCUAUGAACGAAACUUGUUUUUCGCUAGUCUGCAAGAAUCAAGACAAGGCUGGGAAGAAAAGCAACACCAUGUGCCCUUCAGCCCAUCGACCACCUCCCGUUUAAACAACAUUUAUGCUGAAUCUGGUUUUGCCUCUGCUAGUCAAUUCGUCAGUGAGGCACAUCUCAUUGAAGGCGAAUGGAUCGGUUACUAUACAUUCCAAGAUCCUGACGAUGCUGUUGCUGCUGAAGAAAACAAUAGACCCAUGACAACUGCCACCGCAACUACCACUACUACCACUACUACUGUUACCACUAAUAAUACAACAACACCCACUAAUACAGCACUAGAAAAUGCUUCAGCCAUGGAAGACUGGUUCGACGGGCCUAUGCGAAUUACAAUCAAAAUUGUACCACUUGAAGAUGCCUCUGGAGAGCCUAUCAGUCAAUCAUCGUGGUUAUCUCGUUGGCUGGAUGACGAGACCCCUCAAGAUGCCAAUAUGACAGAGCCAAGAAAGAGAAGAAAAACCAACAACAACAAUCUCGUAGAAACCAUUCAAAAUGCUUCUUCCGCCUCCUCCUCUUCUGCUUCAAACCAAUUCCCCUAUAAGCAUCUGAAAGCAUGUCCGUUGACUCGAUUCGAAGGCACUGGCGUUGACAAUCUAGGUACAUUCUCCAUCACUGGUCUCGUUGACGAUACCGAAGAGGGUCAGGUCACUUGGGAAAAGAACUACAUUGAUUCGGGUGAAACAUGGGAGUAUUCUGGUCGUUUCGCUUGGCCCAUGGGUCUUUGUGGCAGAUGGGGAGAUGAAGAAUAUGGAGGCCCUUGGUGGAUGUGGAAAGUGGCCGAUAAAGAUGCAGCAUCCACCACCUCAACUGUAACAAAAUAA